GGCGCGGCCCAGUGCGGCGGCGGCGGCGGUGAGGAGAAGCGAGGCGAAGCGGGGGUGCCCCGGUUUGAGCAGGAUGAAUAAUCCUAUACCUUCCAACUUGAAGUCGGAAGCUAAAAAGGCAGCUAAAAUACUACGAGAAUUUACAGAAAUAACUUCCAGAAAUGGCCCAGAUAAAAUCAUACCUCCUCAUGUAAUAGCUAAAGCCAAAGGCCUUGCUGUUUUAUCUGUUAUCAAAGCUGGAUUUUUGGUGACUGCUCGAGGGGGAAGUGGAAUUGUAUUAGCUCGUCUUCCUAAUGGAACUUGGUCUGCUCCUUCUGCAAUAGGAAUCGCUGGCCUUGGUGGUGGAUUUGAAAUUGGAAUCGAGGUUUCAGACUUAGUGAUAAUAUUGAAUCAUGAAAGAGCAGUAGAAGCUUUUGCCAAAGGAGGGAAUCUUACACUUGGAGGAAAUCUUACUGUGGCAAUUGGACCUUUGGGGAGAAACUUAGAAGGGGAUGUUGCCCUGAGAAGUUCUGCUGCUGUCUAUACAUACUGCAAAUCUCGAGGACUUUUUGCAGGUGUAUCUUUGGAAGGAACCUGUUUAAUUGAAAGGAAAGAAACAAAUCGCAAGUUUUAUGGGCAGGAUAUUCGUGCUAGUGCCAUCUUGCUUGGUGAUGUGCCUUUUCCUUCUCAAGCAGAAGAUCUGUAUGAAACUUUAGCAUCCUUCACUGAAGUAUAUGAAAAUGAAGAGCAAAAAAAUAAUCCAGGAAAAGCUGUAAAUGACCCACCUGGUAGACCAUCAUUGAGACCAGAACCACCUAAUCCCACUGUUAGGCCAACGCCACCAGCUAAAAAGAAUACCAACAAACUUUAUCCUGAACUUCCAAAUGAUUAUGCCUCUGUGGGUAGCUCUUGGAGUAAUCCAGUAGAAGUGACAGCACUUUAUUCAUUUGAAGGACAGCAGCCGGGUGACUUGACUUUCAAAGCUGGAGACAAAAUCACAGUUACAACCAAGACAGCAUCUCAGUUUGACUGGUGGGAAGGAAGAAUAGGAGGACAAACUGGCAUCUUUCCAGCCAAUUAUGUUGCCAUAAGUAACAACUGAAUUUUUUUAGAAGAAAGUGUUGAAGCAGUAAUAUAUUUACACUGAAAAAUUUUUCAGAUAUUAUUGAAAUGAAAUUCCUUAUCAAUACUGUUCUAACAAAAAAAUUAUAUAACCUUAAGUUUCCCUUAAACUUAUUUCUUAAAUAAACAGUAGGUGAUAGUCAAUUUAUAAUGAAGUUUUAUUUUUUAACAAGUUACCAUAUAAAAAGUACUGCAAUUUGUGUCUAGUUUCAAUUCUGUCUUGCUAUAUGGAUUUAUAU